AAGCCAAUCAGCAUCCAGUGAGCACACUUCUGUGGGUGAAAACGCCCUGUUAGUAAGAGGUCAGAGGGCAGGCUCAAGCUGACAGUCAGGCAAAUAACCACCCAGUGGUGUGCAGAAGAGCAAUGGUUACUUUAUAAGGUAUAGGAGGUGGCCACAGAGUGUAUUUACUAGGUAUUUAGCUGUAACUCUGCAUUACCAGAAAGAGUGAAAGGAGAGAAAGAAACAAGUUUAUUUUGGCCUAAUUUCAUGACCUUUUAAGUAUUUUCCAGUUUUGUUAAUUUAUCCUUUCGAGUUGGGGAGGCUGUAAACUUUCCAUUGAUGAACAAACUAAGCGUUUAUAUUUUCCUGUACUGCUGUAAAUCAAUUUAAAAUAUUUUAUAUUAUUUUAUCAACUGACUUUAAAAAAGGGAAAUCUUUGAACGUAGGCCUAAAGGUUGGAAGCUUUUUAUUUUCACUUUCACUUCUGCGGGGAAUCAAUCGACAGAGGCCUCUUAUUUGGGAGACGCGAAGUCGGCAGAACAUAUUGCUCGGUUAAAAAGGACAUUGCUACUUUCCGGAUGUGUGAAGCCACUGAGUGACCAAUACGACAUAGCACUGCGUGAAAAGAAAAACAGUGAACUUCCUUUGAAAGACUUUGGAGGUGACAGUACCACAGUAACUGUCAUCUAAAUGGCAACUGCCAAGUACCUACAAUUAAUAGGACUUAUCACAAUUAUAGUCCUUUCAGUUGCGGACGGCGUAAAACAUGAUCAGAAUAGUGGGGAGGAGCCAAGUUAUCCCUUCAGAUCAGAUGGGCAGAGAUUCCCCUGGAACAAAAUGAGAUUACCUGACACCAUUUUGCCAGUACAUUAUGAGCUGCUUCUCCACCCAAAUCUGACCACGCUGAACUUUUCUGCAUCUGUCAGGAUUGAAGUUUCCAUUGGAAUGGAUACCAAUUCUAUCAUCUUGCAUAGCAAACAGCUCGACAUCAUCAAGGCAACCAUUGCUCUGUUGAGAGAGGGUGGAUCAACUGAACCAGAAAGCAACCUGCGUCUUUUGGAAUAUCCAUCAUAUGAUCAAAUUGCCCUUCUGUCUGAUGGACUCUUAUACUCCGGAAAUACGUACCUGAUAAAUAUUGACUACAUUGGCAAUCUUUCGGAUAGCUACCAUGGUUUUUACAAGGGCAGCUAUAAAACACAAGAUGGUGAAUUAAGAGUGUUGGCUUCUACUCAGUUUGAACCUACUGCAGCACACAUGGCUUUUCCGUGCUUUGAUGAGCCUGCCUUCAAAGCCAAAUUUACAAUCAAAAUACAACGGGAAUCCAGACACAUCACUCUCUCCAACAUGCCCAUUAUUAUCUGGUCAAAGGAGCGUCCCUCUUUCCACACUGUGAAAUCUACAAACUGACGUGGGGCUCACCCAAUGGACGAGCAAGAAGCAGAUUGACCAUUUGAUGAUCAAUGGUACACGGAAAUGAUCCUUGCAGGAUGUAAAGUUGAAGAGAGGGUCUGCUACGGGAAUUGACACCACCUUGUUGUAGCAGUGACUGAACUCAUGCUGAGCAGUGCUGGGACCAGAGCACAUGUACAAAGACAUUUUGAUGUUGAGAAGCUGAAGGGUACCAGUGUGAGAUCUGCCCUCCCCAUGCAGCUGACGAACAGAUUGCUCGCAAGACCUUGAUGUGGAUGUGUCAGUAGACAAGAUCAACACAAUGUGGAAACGAAUUGCCUCGGGCUUCAAGAGCAGAAAAGUCUGCCUAAGAUACAGGGCUGGAAAGAAGAAUAAAGAGUGGAUACAGCAGGAAACAUGGACAGCCAUAGGAAAAGGACAGAAAAUUAAAAGUAAGUGUUAGGUGCAGAGUAAACACGAGUUAAGGUGAAACUUCUAGCAUAUACUGAAACCAACAAGAAAGUGAAGAGACUUGUAAGAAAUGAUAAGAAAGUCUACUUGAAAGAGCUUGCAGAGGAGGCUGAAGCAGCAGCCAAUUCAGGCAAUCAGGGAAAUAUAUACAAGAUUUCAAAACUGGUAUGCGGAAAGUUCCAAGACCAGAUCCAGUGCUCUCAUGAGAGACAAUAAUGAUCUUAUUUUGACAACUGAGAAAGAGCAAAAAGCAUGAUGGGCAGAAUAUUUCAGGGAAUUACAGAAUAGACCACCACCAGGUGAAGAACCUGACAUUCAAGGGGCUGCAGAGGACCUUGAUAUCAACUCAGAUCCACCCAAGAAGAGAUUGUUACUGUGAUUACAUCAUUUAAAAAAAACAACAAAUCUCCAAGAAAUAAAUUGAAUGCCAAACUGUUCAAAGCCGAACCAAAAGUUGCAGCAGCAAUCCUGCAAUCUCCGUUUACAAUAAUCUGGGAACAGGAACGGUAACUUCAAGUGCCAGGUUUUAGAUGUUUCAGAAAGGUCAGGGAGGGAGGCAAAAGAGGUGGGGGUGUGGCACUGUUGAUCAGAGAAUGUGUCACGACUGCAGAAAAGGUGAAGGCCAUGGAGGAUUGUCUAUGGAGUCUCUGUGGGUGGAGGUUAGGAACAGGAAGUGGGUCAAUAACUCUACUGGGUGUUUUUUAAUAACACGCCCAGUAGUAACAGGGAUAUCGAGGAGCAGGUAAGGAAACAGAUUCUGGAAGGGUGUAAUAAUAACAGAGUUGUCAUGAUGGGAGAUUUUAAUUUCCCAAAUAUCAAUUGCAAGAUAUUUACCCCUAGAGCAAGAGGUUUAGUUGGGGUGGAGUUUGUUGGGUGUGUUCAGGAAUGUUCCUUGUGUACAAUAUGUACUGUACAUAUUGUACAUAAGCCUACAAGAGGACACAACGUACUCUAUUUGGUAUUGGGAAAUUAACCUCAUCAGGUGUCAAAUCUCUCAGUGGGAAAGCAUUUUAAAAAUAGUGAUCAUACUUCCUUCUCCUUUACAAUAGCAUUGGAGAGAGACAGCUACAGACAAGUUAGAAAUGUGUUUAAUUGGAGUAAGGGAAAUUAACAUAGAAUAGUACAGCACACUACAGGCCCUUCGGCCCACAAUGUUGUGCUGACCCUUAAACCCUGCCUCCCAUAUAACCACCCUCCUUAAAUUCCUCCAUAUACCUGUCUAGUAGUCUCUUAAAUUUCACUAGUGUAUCAGCCUCCACCACUAACUUAGGCAGUGCAUUCCACACACCAACCACUCUCUGAGUGAAAAACCUUUCUCUAAUAUCCCCCUUGAACUUCCCUCCCCUUAACUUAAAGCCAUGUCCUCUUGUACUGAGCAGUGGUGCCCUGGGGAAGAGGUGCUGGCUGUCCAUUCUAUCUAUUCCUCUUAAUAAUAAUAUUCCUCUAACAUAUCUCCUCUCAUCAUCCUCCUCUCCAAAGAGUGAAGCCCUAGCUCCCUUAAUCUCUGAUCAUAAUGAAUACUCUCUAAACCAGGCAACAUCCUAGGAAAUCUCCUCUGUAUCCUUUCCAAUGCUAGUGAGGCAACCAGAACUGGACACAGUACUCCAAGUGUGGCCUAACCAGAGUUUUAUAGAGCUGCAUCAUUACCUCAAAACUCUUAAACUCUAUCCCUUGACUUACAAAAGCUAACACCCCAAAAUCUUUCUUAACUACCUUCUCUACCUGUGAGGUAACUUUCAGUGAUCUGUGGACAUGUACCCCCAGAUCCCUCUGCUCCUCCACACUACCAAGUAUCCUGCCAUUUACUUUGUACACUGCCUUGGAGUUUGUCCUUCCAAAGUGUACCACCUCACACUCUCCAGGUUGAACUCCAUCUUCCAGUUAUGAGUCUAUCAGACAGGAAAUUGGAGGCUUAAAUUGGAAACAGAUGUUCUCAGGGAAAAGUAUGGAAGAAAUGUGGCAAAUAUUCAGGGGAUAUUUGUGUGGACUUCUGUAUAGGUACGUUCCAAUGAUUGAAUAUUUUGAGGAUAAACUAAACACAUUGAUGAAGGAAGAGCAGUAGAGGUAGUGUAUAUGGAUUUCAGCAAGGCAUGUGAUAAGGUACCCCAUGCAAGGCUUAUUGAGAAAGUAAGGAAGCGUGGGAUCCAAGGGGACAUUCCGUUGUGAAUCCACAACUGGCUUGCUCACAGAAGGGAAACAGUGUUUGUAGACAGGUCAUAUUCUGAAUGGAGGUCUGUCACCAGUGGUGUGCCUCAGGGAUCUGUUCUGGGACCCUUACUCUUUGUGAUUUUUAUAAAUGACCUGGAUGAGGAGGUGGAAGGAUGGGUUAGGAAGUUUGACACAAAGGUUGGAGGUGUUGUAGAUUGUGUGGAGGGCGGUCAGAGGUUACGGCAGGACUCUGAUAGGAUGCAAAACUGGGCUGAGAAGUGGCAGAUGGAGUUUAACCCAGAUAAGUUUGAAGUGGUUCAUUUUGGUAGGUCAAAUAUGAUGGCAGAAUAUAGUAUUAAUGGUAAGACUCUUGGCAGUGUGGAGGAACAGAGGGAUCUUGGGAUCCAAGUCCACCAGACACUCAAAGCAGCUGCGCAGGUUGACUUUGUGGUUAAGAAGGCAUACAGUGUAUUGGCCUUCAUCAAUCGUGGAAUUGAAUUCAGGAGCUGAGAGGUCAUGUAGCAGUUAUAUAGGACCCUGGUCAGACCCCAAUUGGAGUACUGUGCUCAGUUCUGAUCGUCUCACUACAGGAAGGAUGUAGAAGCCAUAGAAAGUGUGCAGAGGAGAUUUACAGGGAUGUUGCCUGGAUUGGGGAGCAUGCCUUAUGAGAAUAGGUUGAGUGAACUCGGUCUUUUCUCCUUGAAGCGACAGAGGAUGAGAGGUGACCUGAUAGAGGUGUAUAAGAUGAUGAGAGGCAUUGAUUGUGUGGAUAGUCAGAGGCUUUUUCCCAAGGCUGAACUAGUUGCCACAAGAGGACACAGGUUUAAUGUGCUGGGGAGUAGGUACAGAGGAAAUGUCACGGGGUAAGUUUAUUUUUUACUCAGAGAGUGGUGAGUGCAUGGAAUGUGCUGCUGGCAACAGUGGUGGAGGCAGAUAUGAAAGGGUCUUUUAAGAGACUUCUAGGUAGGUACAUGGAGCCUAUUAAAAUAAAGGACUAAAGGUAAGCCUAGUAAUUUCUAAAGUAGAGGCAUGUUUAGCACAACUUUGUGUGCUAAAGGGCCUGUAUUGUGCUGGAGGUUUUCUAUGUUAACAGGAGCAAGUACCCAAGAACUAGACAAAGAGUUAUUGUUAAGAUCCCCAAGAAAAUAACAUUGAUUGCAACAACUGAUGUGGCAUCACACUUUUGUCCGAAGCCAGCAAGUUUUCCCUCAAAAUCACUGUCCAACAGAUUACAAAUGCUGUCAAUGUGUGUUUGAGGAACGAGCAAACUGGCUUCAGGGAGAUCAGAGGCUGUGUUGACCAGAUUUUCACACUGCGUAACAUCCUAGAACAGUGCACAGUGACAGAAACAACUGUUACAUGGAUUUCAUGAACUUUGAAAAGGCUUUUGACAGCAUCCAUAGGGAGAGCUUCUAGCAAAUUCUCAGAUCAUAUAGGAUCACUUCCAGCAGAGUCCAGCUUAUAGAGAGUUUCUAUGCUAAAUUCACCUGCACAGAUGAGGACUGCAAUUUGAACUUGGAAGUCAAGACAGGAAUCAGGCAAGGCUGUGUUAUGUCAGUGAUAUUGUUUAACCUGAUAAUUGAUCGGAUUAUAACACAAACAAUGAAAGACAAGUGGAGAGGCAUUAGGUGGACUCCAUUCUCUACUUUACAAGACAUUGACUUUGUGGAUAACCUCACAUUACUAUCACAUAUGCACCAGCACAUACAGAGAAAACUAAGCCCUGUGCACCUUUGGUGGAGAAGUUGGGACUCAGUCAGCCAGAAAAAGGCUGAGACCAUGAUCUUCAAUGUAGACUCUCCUCCUUCCUUCAUGGCAUAUAACAUCGACUUAACCAGCACUGGCAAAUUCACCUAUCUCGGCAGCAUCAUUCAGCAGUGCAGACUCAACAAAGCAAGAAACAUCUUCAGAUCAAUGAGCAACAUAUGGGGAUCAACCAAGCAUAGCGUCCAAACCAAGGUGAAGCUGUACCAGAGCUGUCCAUAUUCUGGUACUGGUCAGAAUGCUGGCACAUGGCAGAGAACAACCUUUGCCAAACUGUCACAAUUCACACCUUGAGUUCCUGGAAGAUCCUUCAUAGUUUCUGGCCAGGAAAGAUCUCCAACCACACCUUAAUCCUUCAGUGCCAUCAGGUAGACAUGGCCAGAGUCAUCACAAGGAAACUUUAGAGAUGGAUUGGGCACAUGAUAAGAGAGGCCAACACCAUCAUCAAGACCACACUUCACUGGAUCCGUGAAGGACAGAGAAAAUGCAGGAGACCAAAGACAACUUGGCACUAUAUUAUAGAGGCAGAUAUGAGGAAUGUGAACCAGACCUGCAGCCCAAUAGAGAAGAUAGCCUAAGGACAGACAGAGGGACAACCAUAACCACCAGUGGCGCAAUGUGAGUAAGUAUUUUGUUGUUACAAAUCACAAUUACAGUUCAUACAAGAGUAACAAGUUUUUCUAAAUCUGAUUGUGUUAUUGGCUUACCUUUUCUCCCCUUCAUGUUUCAUAACUACUUUUAUAGAAACCACCUAACCCAUCUGAUAGAUUAGCAGUAUAACAAAUGUUAACGAUGUAUGUCUCUCCUCUACUCAGAGGCUCAGCAUUCUUUAGAGCUAUUUGCUCAAAAGGCAGGUAUUCUAAAAUGUUCAAAGUGCUCUACGGAUAUGUAACUCCAUCCCUGUUUAAUGCAAUAGUUGCCCCACUGAUGUCCAUGUUCUUGGCAUGGAGGAUGAUGGUGCUGGUUUCUUUCCUGACAAGAACUUGUAUCUUAGCUAAUCCUGUGAAGUUUGAAGUUGUCAAAUUUGGGUGUAUCUGAAGAUCGUAGUGGAGUGGAACGAUCUUGUCAGGCAGCCUCAUCUUGUUCCACGGGAACAUCUGACCAUUAGUGGCUGAAGGAAAGUCUUUAUUUUCCUGGUCACCAAGGCACAAUAUGACCUGAAUCAGCCAUCAACAGUGGACAACAUCAUCUACCAAUACUCCUGGAAGCACAAUCCAUGCAUCCACUGCUCUCUGUGUAAACAAAUUACCUCUGACAUCCCUCCAUUAUUUUCAAACAAUCACCUCAAAAUUGCAUUUCAAUUUCCGCCCUGAAAAAUGUCCUGCAGAGCAGGCAGCAUCCUGGCAAAUCUACUCUGUACCCUUUCUGAAGCUUACACAACCUUACGACAAUGAGACGCCCAGAUUGAACACAAUACUCCAAUUCAGUGCUCAAUGUGAACUAUUUAGCAGCUUUAUCAAUCAAAUAAAUUGCAUGUGACAGAGACAUGUAAACAUUCCACUGCAGGGAAGUACAUUUUGCACUGUAUUUGAGAUACCAUCUUCCCAUUCUAAUCAUCACAGCUACUCCUUUCUUCAAAUCAUGUGUGAAAUGUUUUCCUAGCAAUCAUGAAGUAGAAACCUAAUAUAUAAAAAAAAUCUCUUUGAUUAUAGAAACAUAGAAAACCUACAGCACAAUACAGGCCCUUUGGCCCACAAAUUACAGCCGAAUACGUCCUUACAUUUGAAAUUACUUGGCUUACCUAUAGUCCUCUGUUUUACUAAGCUCCAUGUACCUAUCUAAAAGCCUCUUAUAAGACCCUUUCAUAUCUGCUUCCACCACUGUUGCCGGCAGCCCAUUCCAUGCACUCACCACUCUCUGAGUAAAAAACUUACCCCUGACAUCUCCUCUGUACCUGCUCCUCAGCACCUUAAACCUGUGUCCUCUUGUGGGAACCAUUUCAUCCCUGGGAAAAAGCCUCUGACUAUCCACAUGAUCAAUGCCUCUCAUCAUCUUGUACACAUCUAUCAGGUCACCUCACAUCCUCCGUCGCUCCAUGGAGAAAAGGCCGAGUUCACUCAACCUAUUCUCAUAAGGCAUGCUCCCCAAUCCAGGCAACACCCUUGUAAAUCUCCUCUGCACCCUUUCUAUGGCUUCCACAUCCUUCCUGUAGUGAGGUCACCAGAAUUGAGCACAGUACUCCAAGUGGGGUCUGACCAGGGUCCUAUAUAGCUGCGAUAUUACCUGUCGGCUCCUAAAUUCAAUUCCACCAUUGAUGAAGGCCAAUACACCGUACACCUUCUUAACCACAGAGUCAACCUGCGCAGCUGCUUUGCGUGUCCUAUAGACUCAGACCCCAAGAUCCCUCUGAACCUCCACACUGCCAAGAGUCUUAACAUCGUUAUGUGUGAUGAGAAAAUCAGUUGGAGAUGGAGUCCAGAGUUAACACCCCCCCCCCCCACGAACUAUGCUGCUAACAAGAGAGAGAGAUAAAGCCCACUGGUUAAGUCAGAGAAUAAGCCGGGGACUACCGGAAAGGGGAAGGAGGAGGAAAAGCAGGCUGGAACGAGGUUUCCGAGCUUUAAGUGUUAUAAUUGUGGGAAGGCUGGUCACAUAGCACCAAAAUGCCUAGCUCCGAAGAAAGAGACAGGAAAAGGAAAGACGACAACCCCGACUGGCUGCAUUGAGCCGGUCAACAGACCAAUGAGGAAGGAGAGUUCUGAUAGAGUUCAAGAGGGGCGCAAAAAGUUUAUUUCCGACUGGUUGGUAUCUGUAAAUGAGGGGUCAACCCCAAUUCCAGUGCAGAUCUGGAGAGACACUGGGGCUUGUCAGUCACUGAUCUUAAGGAAGGUGUUAGAAUUCAGUGCUGAGUUCGAGACUGGGGAGGUAAAUGUGAUAAAAGGUAUCGGAAAAGGGACUGAGGCCGUACCUAUUUCUGAAAUUUGACUUGGUAUCCAGACCGGUCACAAUAGGGGUGUGGUCUGAACUACCAAUGGACGACGUGGAUAUCUUACUUGGUAGUGAUCUUACAGGUGGGGAUGUGUACUCAGCAGUGAAGCCUGAAAGUGCCUAGGACCCGCCCAUAGAUUCUAACGUUUAUCCCACCUGUGCAGUAACCCGCAGCAUGUCAAUAAAGGCGGCUGCAACAGGCACAAAUUUAACCGAGUCUAGCGUUGAUUUAGCUGAGACAUUUUUACCAGCCUUGUACCAGGAGGGGUUAAAGGAUGAGAAGAAAGAGGAUAGUGGAGCUAAGGAAAGUAAGGGAGAGGAGGUGGAUUUACCAUUAGCGAGGAGGAACUUACAAAGGAGCAAAGAUGUGAUGAGGAGCUUGUGGCAUUGAAGGAGACAGCUCUCUCUGAAGCAGGAAUUAAGAAGGAACCAAUGGGCUACUAUAUGAAAGAGGGAGUAUUAAUGAGAAAGUGGAGACCGGCUACAGUGCCUGCAGAUGAGGAUUGGGUGAUUGUACACUAGGUGGUAGUUCUGAAGGUUUAUUGGAAUGAAAUUUUGAACCUGGCCCACAAGAUACCCUGAGGUGGACACUUUGGAGUGAGGAAAACAGUAGACAGAGUUAUGAGAGACUUUUACUGGCCAAAUAUGAGGAAGGAUAUUAUCGACUAUUGUAGAAGGUGUCACACGAGUCAGGUGGUAGGAAAGGCGAACCAGGCUAUCCCUAAGGCACCUCUUCAACCGAUACCUGCCUUCAGGGAACCUUUUUCCUGAGUCAUUGUGAAUUUUGUGGGUCCCCUGCCUAGAACUGCGAGUGGGUGGCAGUAUGUGAUGACCAUUAUGUGUGCUGCCACUAGAUUUCCGGAGGCUGUGCCCCUGGGGAACAUUAAAGCUCCCACAGUGGUAACGGCACUCAUAAAAUUUUUCACCACGGUAGGAUUGCCUAGGGAGAUUCAGUCAGAUCAGGGGAGUACCUUCACGUCCCGCACAUUCCAGCAGAUGACGUCUAAGAUGGGAGCUAAACAAAUUUUGGCCUCCGCAUACCAACUGGAAUCUCAAGGGGCAUUGGAAAGAUUCCAUGUGACCUUAAAGACCAUGAUUAAAACUUACUGUCAGGAAAAUACUCGAGACUGGGAUGAUGCAUUGCCACUUCUGCUAUUCGGAGUGAGGAACAUGGUUCAGGAAUCACUGGGGUUCAGCCCAUUCGAGCUCGUUUUCGGUCAUAGGCCCAGGGGACCUCUGACCUUAAAGAGCAAUGUUCGAACCCGACAGUGCACGUCAAUGUAAUUGACGAUGUUUUGAAAUUUCGAGAAAGACUUAGCAGGAUAUGCAACCUUGCCAAGGAAAAUCUACGAGACUCCCAAAUUAAAAUGAAGCAGUGGUAUGAUAGACGAGCAAAGGAACAGAUAUUUCAAGUGGGCGAUAAGGUAUUGGUUCUGCUCCCAUUUGUGACCAACCGCCUACAGGUGAGCUUCCGAGCUCCGUACAAGGUAAUUAAGAAAAUAGACUCUCUGAACUAUGCUCUCGAAACCCCUGAUAGGAGGAAGCCAAGCCAAUUAUACAUGUUAAUAUGCAAAAAGCUUAUCGUGAUUCUAAAGUCACCCCACUCGGUACUGUCACGAAAACAAAUGAGGCUGUAAGGACUGAUAGUGAGGGGCCAGAGCAUCUUGAAAAGAUAAACAUAGUGCCCACCAGACUGGAAAACUCUGUUGUUUUGGCCAACUUUGCAGGUAAGGUCUGUCAGUUGAAGUCUGAACAGAGGGAACAGCUGAUAAGACUAAUCAACGGGCAUGCAGAUUAAUGUCUAGAUGUUCCGAGGCGAUGCAAGGGAACAGUAUAUGAUGUUACUUCAACCCAGCCUAUUAAGCAGCACAUUUAUUGGAUGAAUUUGGAAAAGAGCAAGCUAGUGGAAAAAGAAAUUGAACAUAUACUAGCUGCUGGUAUUAUCAGGAAAUAUUCCUCAGACUGGGCAUCUCCCUGUGUGGUUGUCCCGAAGCCUGAUGGUAGUGUAAGGUUUUGUACAGAUUACAGGAAGGUGAAUGCCAUCACAAAGACUGAUGCUUACCCUAUCCCAGGGGUGGAUGAUUGCAUUGAUAAAGUGGGAAAGGAUAGAUACAUCACCAAGACUGACUUACUG